GGCCGUACUACCUCGAAGUUCUCCGCUCCCGCUGCGCAAGACGAUGAAGGACACACCUUAGUCCACUGACUCAUUCGAUAACUUUCCCUUGAUAUCAUACGGUAGGAGUCCCUUUAGGUCGAAGAUGGCUGUUGCGAUGCUAGAAUAUCGUAAGCUUCUCUUGAAGAUCAGUAAGGAUCUGAGGGACGAAGAAUUCCAGGAACUGAAAUUGCUUUGUCUUGACUUGGUUCCAGCGGCUAAGGCAGAAGGGCUAACAAGCGGACAGAUGCUGUUCGGUGCACUUGAAGAAGCCUCACUCAUCACUCCAGGAAAUGUGGAGUUGCUGAAAGAAUUACUUGAGCCGAUCAGAAAAGAUUUAGUACCGUUGGUAGAUGAGUAUGAGAAGAAAAUACCCGGUAUCACUGCCAUUGCGGAGAUGAGAACAGAUACGCCAGGAGGACACCAAGGACAACUUGUUACUGAAGAUGUUCUUUUCAAAAUUGGACGUAGUCUUGCUCGUGACUGGAGAAAUUUGGCUCGUUGCUUGAAAAUGAAAAAUGAUGACAUCCUUGGUUUAGCAUCAGAUUAUAGAGACAGCUUACAAGAGCAGGGAACACAAAUGCUUUUCAAAUGGUUUAAGGAUUUUGGAGAUGCAAGAAAGAAUGAUAUAUCAGGGACACUGGCAAUGCAAGCUGCUGCAGCAAAUACGCUAGAUGAAGCAUUACGAAAAGCUCGUCUCUCCAGUAUUGCUGAUCAGAAUUUUGGCAGAGUCUUUUUGGAUGCUAGAAGGAAAUAAUGUCAAGAAAGCCAGGAAUCACAAAUCACAUAUUAACCUUCUCUUGUACAUGUAUAACAAUCUGAUCAGAUACAGAAUAGAUCAACAAGUCAUGCAA